AUGGUAGCUGAUGUCGUAGAUGAAUGCAUAGCAUGUAAAGUAUCAUUCGACCCUAAACAGAGAGAACCCAUUCAAAUGACCGAGUUACCUCCACACAAAUGGUCAUGUUUGGCAUCGGACUUCUUCGGACCACUGCCUUCCGGAGAGUACUUACUAGUUAUAGUUGAUGAGUAUUCUCGCUUCCCAGAGGUAGAGAUAAUUAAAUUCCUUUCAGCCAGUUCUGUCAUCCCGAUUUUUGAUAAAGUGUUUUCAUCAAGGGGUAUCCCUGAUAAACUGAAAACUGAUAAUGAAACACCCUUUCAAAGCUAG